AUGACGAAACUACACGAUCCUAAUCGGCCUCUUCACAUUGUGCAUUUUGAAUCUCCAUCACAUACUGGUACACUUCUUUGUGGUCUUCAAGCUUUAAGAUGUAAGGGUCUUCUAAUUGAUGUAACUUUAAUUGCCGAAGGAGAAUCAUUUUCAGCUCACAAAGCAGUUUUAGCAUCAUGUAGUGAUUAUUUUAGGGCAAUGUUUACCGAUGCUAUGAAGGAAUCUAGAGAAAGUGAAAUAAAGUUAAAUGGUGUGACUGCUGCUGGGAUUAGAUUAUUAUUAGACUAUGCUUACACUUCUCGUCUUGCCUUAACUUUGGAUAACAUUCAAGAUGUUUUAUCUGCUGCUAGCCAUGUUCAAGUUGUAGCAUUAGUUGAAGCUUGUUCUAGUUAUUUACAAACUCAACUUGAUUUAGACAACUGCAUUGACAUAGCAACUCUAGCUGAAAUUUAUUCAUUGCCUCAAUUAAGAAAACAAGUUUAUCGUUUUAUGUGUGCUCAUCUCAGUGAAUUUUCUAGGUCAUCAGAUUUUCAAAGACUCUCACCUGCUCAAUUAGAACAUUUACUUGCCUGUGAUUUUCCAGUUGAUUGUUCAGAAACUGAGGUUUUAAAUAUUGUCAUACAAUGGAUUAAAAGGGGUGGUGAAAAAUUUCAAUCUGCGGCUCUUAAAAUUCUUCGUAGGGUUCAUUUUUCAGAAAUUCCAGAUCAAGAAUUGGAGUCUUUAUUAUCAAUCAUUCAAGAUUCUUACCUUACUAGGUUAAUUGCCAUGGAAGCCUGUUUUCAAACAAAGCUAAUCAAAAAUCAUUCUGAUGUAAUUCCUCCUCUUAUUAAUUCUAGAGGAAUGGAAUUGGCCGUUAUAAAAGUGGGAGGGUUUGGUUUAGGUGGUAUAACUAAUGAAGUAACUUACUUUUUGGCCAGUUCAGGAAAAUGGAGACACUUGACAAGCAUUCCUCAUGUGGAGCAGUGCAACUUUGGUACUGCUGUGCUAGAUAAUGAGCUUUACGUUGUUGGAGGUUGCUUCAAUCAAUCAUUGCAGGAAAACAUUCAUCCGUUCGGAUUUCGUUACUGCCCGCAAGCCAAUAAAUGGAGUACAAUGGCUCCGAUGCAGAGGGAGAGAUGUAGAUUUUCUUUAAAUGUAGUCGCUGGAAAACUUUAUGCAGUUGGCGGAAGUAACGAAUCCGAGGACGACGACGGUCAAGAGGAUAUUUGUUUAUGUGAAUGCUACGAUCCAAUGACGGAUAGCUGGGAAGCUGUCACGCCGGCAGUCGGAAAUAGAUCUCAACAUGCGGGGGCUGCAUGGCCUCCAAAUUCUCCCAAUUGUUUGUUUAUAUCCGGUGGAUUGGAUAGAGACAUGGUUCUUUCAUCCAUGCAAUGUUAUGACAAAGUAAACGAUAGAUGGGAAAAUAAAGCGCCCAUGCUUUCUCCUCGAGCGGAUCACGUUAUGCUAACGUUAGACGAUAAAGUUUAUGUUUGUGGUGGAUGGAGAGAAGAUGAAGCUACAGGUGGUAGGCUACUCGUAGAUACAAUUGAUGCAUAUCACGUGUCCGAAAAUAGAUGGGAAACGGUUACUGUCGUACCUGCUCCCAGAUACCAUGCUGGAAUAGUAUCCAUUCAUAAAAGAAUAUAUUUUAUCGGUGGCUUUCAUAGUGACUCCCUGUUUGACAGAGCAACUGCAUCCGUGGAUUGUUAUGAUUUAGAAACAAAUUCAUGGAGCAGCGAAGAAAAAUAUCCGCAAGAUGUAUGGGAACAUACAUGCAUUACUCUAUAUGUGCCAAGAUGUCGAGAUGACAUGGAAGUUUUACCUCUGUCUAAAUGA